GUAUUCAGUUCGUGAAACAACAAAGUACUACCCCACAUUAAUUUCGCUUGUUUUCACAGAAACCAAUAUAAACUUUCACUACUUGCUGAAGAUCUAUUUAACAUAACUUAUUUCCUGUUCAACACACGUGCCACUUGUUCUCUGCCUAAACUGAUCUGUGCCAAAAUAACCAGCUUCAAUUUUCAAGUUUUCAGCUCGUGUUUUAUAGAUGGACAUCGAACUUGUUUAUUCCAGGUAUAUACAUAGAACUCUCCGUGGUGCUGAACUAUGUUUUUGUGCCAUUCUUGUUAAAAAAAAAGUAUUUUGAUAGAAUUUAUUUGGCAACUAAAUGAUUCAAGCUUGUCUUGUCGAAUGGGUUCAACAGAUUGCUGAGCUUGAAACCUCGUCGUUCUGCUGUGAUCCAACAUCCUCCUGAUAUUGAACGCAGUAAAAAAGGCGCUGUCCGUGGUGCCCAACUUCGUGUUACUAAUAUGCAAGUUCUGUAAAAUCCUUCUGAAUCAAAGUAGUUUAUUUAAUUUAUGACUCAAUAUGGUACAUAAAACUAUUGUAAUUACACUCUGAUAUUAAGUUAGAAUUAAUUUUGUCCCUUGGUAUAUUUCAUGAUUUGUCCUUUACAAUAGCUGUCUGCCACGAAAAUAUUUAGCUUCUCCAUCGAUUCUAAGUUCUCACACUUUCCAUUUUUUUAAAUAUUGUUUACAUGAGCCUAAACCAGAUAUUGUUUGCAAGUCACGAUAUUUUGAAUUAUUGGACUCUGUUUUAUGCUGGACUGUAUUUCCUUGCCUAUCAUUCACCACAUGAUGUCGCAUGAGACCAUGGAAGUGAAACUGUUUGUAUUUCUAAAACUCCUCCUCCCUGCAUGGGAAAAAUGAAAUCGUCAUCGGCCAUUAGUAGAGCCGCGGAAGGUGCUGUGAGGAGAAGGGCAGGAGCUUUCCCACAGCAAUAUUUCUUUGGACGGAAAUAUCUGGACUGAGGAUAAAUGAUCGUUUGGAUCCAGUUAUUUUGUUGUAACAACAAUGUAUAUUCCACGACAAAGGGAUUUCGUCUGGAUUCACAUUGUUGCGUUUCUUUGUCUUUGUGACCGGUCUGCUUCGCAGUUAUCCUACUCGAUUUCCGAGGAGGUGAACAAAGGCACCGUGGUGGGGAAUAUUGCAAAGGAUUUGAACGUCAAUGUCCAGGAACUAGAGACCAGAGAUCUACGUGUUGUUUCGACUUAUAGUAAGAAAUAUUUUGACGUGAAUUUGCGGACCGGGAACCUCUUUGUUGAUGAGAGGAUAGACAGAGAGGAGCUUUGUCCGAAUGUGGUAAAAUGUUCGUUAAAGAUACAAGCUGUUUUAAACAAUCCCAUGGCCGCACACCGCAUAGAGGUUAAUGUUUUAGAUAUAAACGAUAAUCCACCUGCUUUCAUUGAAAAAAGGUAUUCUCUGAAUAUUUCCGAAUCAUCUUUAACUGGAGAACGGUAUCUUCUCCCAAUAGCAGUGGACGCAGACAUAGGCAGCAACUCAGUGAAGAGCUACAAGCUGAGCCAAAAUGAACAUUUCUCUCUUGAUGUGCAGAGCGGUGGAGAACACGGUGUGUCUGCCGAGUUAGUGUUGCAAAAAGCUUUAGACAGAGAGAAACAGUCGGUGAUCACGCUUAUUUUGACCGCUGUAGAUGGAGGUAAACCCCCUAGAUCGGGCUCACUGCAAAUAAAGGUUAAUGUAUUAGAUGUCAAUGAUAAUAUCCCUACAUUUAGCAAAUCUCUAUAUAAGGCGCGUGUUCCUGAAAAUACUGCACACGGAACAGUGGUGAUUAAGUUAAAUGCAACAGAUUUAGACGAGGGCAUGAACAGUAAGAUCCUGUAUUCACUGAUCAAACGAGGGAAUAUUGAUCUUACAAAUAUUUUCGAUCUAAAUCCAGAAACAGGUGAAAUCACUGUGAAGGGCACACUAGAUUAUGAAGAGACGCCUGCUUAUGAAGUUAGAGUACAAGCUAUGGAUCAAGGCCCCACUCCACGUAGUGCACAUGCUAAACUGCUGAUAGAGAUAAUUGAUGUGAACGACAAUGCCCCUGAAAUAUCUGUGACGUCACUGAUGACGCCAGUAAAAGAAGAUGCAGAACUGGGGACAAUAGUUGCUUUGGUUACAGUGAGUGAUAAAGAUGGAGGAAACAAUGGUGUAACUAACUGUAAGGUAGUUGGUUCUGUUCCGUUUAAACUGAAGUCCAACUAUAAAAAUGACUAUUCAUUAGUAGUAGAUGGACCACUGGACAGAGAAAACACUUCUCUUUACAAUGUCACUAUUACAGCCACAGAUGAGGGAAGUCCACCUCUGUCCAGUAACAGGAUCAUUACUGUUCAUGUUUCUGAUGUCAAUGAUAACGCCCCUCGAUUCACGGAGCCUGUGAUUAAUGUUUAUUUGAAAGAAAAUAGUCCCACAGGCUCCGUUAUUUAUACAAUAAAGGCAUUUGAUCCUGACUUGGACAGUAAUGCUAAAUUGACUUACAAAUUGAUAGACGGUUAUCCAAAACAUAUUCCAAUUUCAUCAGUUGUCAACAUCAACUCAGAGACAGGAGAUAUAAUCAGCCUGCAGUCUUUUAACUAUGAGGAGUUAAAAACGUUUCAGUUUAAAGUUCAGGGCACAGACUCUGGUGUUCCUCCGCUCAGCAGCAACGUGACUGUCAACGUUUUAAUUCUGGAUGAAAAUGACAACAACCCAACAAUCCUCGCGCCCUAUUCUGAGCACGGCUCCGUUAACAGUGAGAGCAUCCCCUAUUCUGCUGAAGCGGGAUACUUUGUGGCAAAGAUCAGGGCUGUAGACGCAGACUCUGGAUACAAUGCGCUGCUUUCUUAUCACCUCUCUGAGCCCAAAGGAAACAACCUCUUCCGGAUCGGAACCAGCACCGGGGAAAUCAGGACUAAGAGGAGAAUGAGUGACAAUGACUUGAAAACUCACCCCUUGGUGGUCUUGGUUUCUGAUAACGGAGAACCCUCCCUGUCAGCUACUGUGUCUAUUGAUGUGGUGGUGGUUGAAAGCACAGCUGACAUCCAGACUCAGUUCAGACAUGUGCCCAUAAAGGAGGACAGCUUCUCUGAUUUGAACCUGUAUCUGCUGAUCGCCAUAGUGUCGGUGUCAGUCAUCUUUCUGCUGAGCCUCAUCAGUUUAAUAGCUGUCAAAUGCCACAGGACAGACGGCAGUUUCAGCAGGUACAGCGCCCCAAUGAUCACCACCCACCCUGACGGGAGCUGGUCUUACUCCAAGGCUACUCAGCAGUAUGACGUGUGUUUCAGCUCAGACACUCUGAAGAGUGACGUAGUGGUUUUCCCCGCACCGUUUCCGCCUGCAGAUGCUGAACUGAUCAGUAUUAACGGAGGAGACACUUUUACCAGAACUCAGACUUUGCCUAACAAAGAGAAGCCCAAAGUGCCGAGUGCAGACUGGAGAUAUUCAGCCUCCCUGAGAGCAGGUGGUGUAAUGCAGAGCUCAGUGCACAUGGAAGAGUCCUCAGUAAUGCAAGGAGCCCAAGGUGUCCUGGUUCAGAACUGGCCCACUGCAUCCAGUGCAGCUGAUGCUGAAGGGGGAGAGGUGUCCCCUCCAAUGGGCGCUGGUGUAGACAGCAACAGCUGGCACUUUCGCUAUGGCCCCGGCGGUCCUGGUGCGCCCCCACAGCACCUGAAACCUGGCGAGGUUCCCCCAGAAGCCUUCAUCAUCCCUGGCUCCCCCGCCAUAAUAUCCAUCAGACAGAACCAGGGAGGAGAGGACGACAAGAGCGAUUUCAUCACCUUUGGAAAGAAAGAGGAGGCCAAGAAGAAGAAGAAGAAGAAGAAGGAGAAGAAAGACAAGAAGGAUAAGGGGAAGGAUGAUGGAGAUGAGUAGAGGAGCUGAAAGAGAAAAUAGCAAAGAAGAAAAGGGCGUUGAUAAAACAGAGGUACCAACCAAAGUCCAAUGGGCAAAAAGAAAAUGUGAAAACUAUUAUAGAUUUUCCAAUUUCGUUUUACGACCUAUUUUCACUGACAAUAUUUUAGAGAACCUGGCCUUACCAAGAUUUAUUUUACCUUCAGUCCUUCACUGGGGUAAAAAUAUUGAUCUUGCCUUGAUAAACAAUAAAAUGAUUGAUUUUGCUCCAUGCCCCUAUGUGCCUAUACACCCUGAGCGACUCAUGUCAGUCAUCUCCAGUAAGGUUGGAACUCUUUUUGCCCUCGUCUUGAAUUUUUUGUCCUUUAACCCACUGGGCACGUUGGCACCUCUGUCUUACCCCCUCCCCAAAUGAUGUGUAAACCAUUCUCUCUGAGAGAAGACAAAUACUUUGUACAAGAACAACAAAAAGCUCUGUGCCAGCCAAGGAAAAGAAGAAGAAUGACAAAGAAGAUUGAGACAGAUGUUUGCCAUCUGCAGCUGGACACACACUACUUGUAAAUAGCACAGGAGAGAGUCACUGAAACUAAGGCUUACAUGACACUGCUGCAGAUUCCUCUGAUAAUUACCAACAGUGUUUUCCUGAGAUUCAAUGAAACCACAUGCACACAUAAGCAUGCUCACACAUGCAAACAUGCAAACACAAAUUCACAUACUUAUCAUGACAACGUAGACAUGGAAAGCACUUGAGACCUAGAGAGCAGGAGAGAAAUAUAUAAAAAAUGGAGAGGAAAUCAACUGACAUCAAAGAAAUGUGCUUAAAACUAGACACUGCAAGCUUUUUGCCCUGCACAGUCGCCUAUGUGGUGCGCAUGUGUACAUCAACUCUCAGGAUGGAAGCAGCAUCCUUUGCAACCACUCUGUAUUUGCUCACUGCAUUUGAAGGACACAGAGAGAUUCAUCUCCCUCCAGAACCCCAACUGAGGAAUGCAGAGAGCACUGUAAAGAUGGAGAGAUGGGAGGAUGCCUCACAUUCUCCCGAGGAUCACAGAGGGGAGAGUCCAGCUGAGCUGGCUUGUGACUCCGCUUUCAGUCAGUGGACUCUGAUGAAACCUUAAAGAUUAUUAGGAGAGUCUUGAGAUUUUGAUAACACCUUCUCUUCUCCCCCUGCUGCAGCAAAAGCCGAAUGCUUUCUGCUUUGAAUGUUUGGUAGCAACCAGUCCUUACCUGAUACCUUGAGUUUACAACUGCUCACUUGCUUGUACUUGCCCCAAGCUGCCACGAGCCGUCCUCUCCUCUCCCAACUGCCUUUUUCCCCACGGUCACCCAUCCCAACUGACUGCCUCUUCACGUGACGAUGAAGUUUGUGGAGUUGUUCUGUUGUUAUUUUAUUCUCUAAAGAGAUUCACUAUUACAUAUUCCUGCAUUUUUUUUCUUUUAUUCCUCAUAGCUUUAACUGCUUUUUUGCGUGUCAUGCCUAUCCCCACUUACCCUCAGACCCCCCCUUCGCCCCCCCGCUCUGACCCCCUGCUCAGGAUCGAUCCUGGGAAUGGCCUGCUCUGAACAUUGUGGUGUGCUGAGAACAGCAUGGAGUAAUGUGGAUGAGGCCUGGGGAAGCCCAGUCGGGGGUCUACGCCCUGAACUCUUGUCAGAUGUCUCUCUAAGUGCACAACGGUUCAGUGCUUUUAACUUGCAAAUACUACAGUACACUAUUCAUUUCAUGUGUGUAGCCACUGAUGAGAGGGGACCAGGUGGGAUAAAGCAGACUACAGGGGUGGAGGACUAGAAUUAAGUAAGGAGAAAGGUGCCGUGGGCUGGCCCUCCACCUCCAUGUACAAGUGAAGAAAGUUGUUGUCCAAAUUGAUUGUUUAGGAUCAUUGAGUCACAUAUUAGCUUUUAUCUACGCUGUAAAUGUAGCGUAGACUUUCCAUAGAUUAUCUGCAUUCGUAAUUGAAUUCUGCUAAAAAUAUAUUGGCAUCUUAGGGAUUCCCAUCCCAUGGCUAUAUCCCACCAAUCCUCUCUCAGGAGGUUUUGAAAAAGGGGCACACUCAUGCCUCAAGACCUGCUUCUGUUGGUUCCCCUCCCCUGCCUGUAACUUGUUGCCACGUCCCCAAAGUUUUGCGGCUCAGUAUGACGUCACUCCAUUAAGUGGCUGCUGCAUGUACUGCUCUAAGGAAACACAUACUAUAUAGAGAUAUAUAUAUAUAAAUAGAUAGAUGGCUAUGAUUUUAUUCUUUUGUAUUAUCAUUUUUCUUCAUUACUCGCACAGGAGAUAUUUGUAUGUACUUCUGUCUCUGCCAAACAUCUAUGUACUACAAUCUUCACGCUCCACAGAUGUUGUAUGGCAUCCACUAAACCUCUUUAGAUAUUUGUAAAUGCUAUAGUGUGAUACCUUUCAACGCAAGUUUAUUAUUUUUAUUUUACAAACUAUAAUUUUUGCUUUUGAAAACAAGCAAAGCAAGAAAAAAAAAGAAAAAAAAUAUCACUCUGUGUCCAGCUUUGACAUGAUGAUCUAACUAACACUGUAAUAUUGUAACUGAAAUAUGUAUGAUCCUAUGAUGAGCUAUCACUUCCCUUUCACUCUUAAAAAAAGAAAAAUGAUUGAAAAAAAAUCCAGUGUAUAAAAAGGUAUAUGUAGUGUAUGCUUGUGUUUAGUGAGCGUUCAUGCUGUCAUUCUUUCCCAAUGUAUGGUGGUGAACUAUGGUGGCAAUGUGCUGUCCUUAAUGGACUAGCCCAGAUCUGUUGUAAAAUCCUUUUUUGUACACCCGCUCAUCAACUGUGACAGUGAAGUAGUGAAUUUCAUUUAUUUCAUUUAUUUUCAGAUUUUUUUUUAAUUUUACCUAAAUGGAUACAGUGGUAAUGUGUUUUGUUUAUAAAUCACUAAUAAAGUUUUCUUUCUUAAAAA